UCCUGUGGGUCUGCAGGCGAAGGGAGAAGAUGGCGGCCUUGGGGGAACCCGUGCGGCUGGAGCGGGAUAUUUGUAGAGCAAUUGAGUUGUUGGAAAAAUUGCAAAGGAGUGGAGAGGUACCACCCCAGAAACUUCAGGCUUUACAAAGAGUUCUUCAAAGUGAAUUCUGCAAUGCUGUAAGAGAGGUUUAUGAACAUGUCUAUGAGACUGUGGACAUCAGUAGCAGCCCUGAAGUGAGAGCUAAUGCAACUGCAAAGGCCACUGUUGCUGCAUUUGCUGCUAGUGAAGGACAUUCACAUCCUCGAGUUGUUGAACUACCAAAAACAGAAGAAGGCCUUGGUUUCAAUAUUAUGGGAGGCAAAGAACAAAACUCUCCAAUCUAUAUAUCUCGAAUAAUUCCAGGUGGAAUUGCUGAUAGACAUGGGGGCCUCAAGAGAGGAGAUCAACUCCUUUCUGUUAAUGGAGUGAGUGUUGAAGGAGAACAUCAUGAAAAAGCUGUAGAACUGCUGAAAGCAGCUCAAGGAAAAGUUAAAUUAGUAGUAAGAUAUACACCCAAGGUCUUAGAAGAAAUGGAAUCACACUUUGAGAAAAUGAGAUCUGCAAAACGCAGGCAACAGACCUAAUGCAGUUCAAAACUUUAUAUUCCAUUUUGCUUUCAGCUAGAGAAGUUUUCCUUGUGACCUACUGAUGGCUGCAAUGCCAGUGAUUAUAAAUAACAGAAACUUCCCUUGAAAUCCUCCUUGCCAUUUUAUAAAUGCCUAUUUUAACAUCAUUUAUUGUUCCAGAGAUACAUACUCUUUUUUCUGAUAAGAAGUAAAAGGUGAUGAGGGCAAUUCUGUCCUGCUGUUUUUACAGGCCUUUUUCAAAUGCAGAUUUUGUCAUAAAAUUGUUAUAGAUUUCUAAAAAUGCUUUUUUAAUAUUAAAAUGUACUUUUACAUUCUUAAUCUUUUUUUUUAGAAAAAAAGAUUUUCUUCAUUUGGCUCCUUAUUUAAAAAUAACCGUUCUCCAAUUCUUUUUUUUGCCUAACUUUUUUUUUAACCUGGAAAAUUUCUUUAUGGUUUUCCAAGAAAUUAAACAUACCAACUUCAGCUACAGCAGUUCCUUACAUUAUAACUGUUAACAUCACUACUGCAUUUUGUACUUUGAACACACACAUAAUAUAUAAUCAGUGAUAAAUCAUAACUCAGCACAGUGGAAGUUUUUUACUUUUAUUUAAACAUAAUGAAUAUUCAUUUAUACUGAUUUAUGCAAGUAACUUUUUAAACACUGGUACUGUUAUUGCUAAAUAUGUAUUCUUCCAUAAUGUUUGAGCGAUGAGGCAAGAGGUUUGAUUGUUAGCAUUACUGAUUAUGUCUCUUUAUAUUCAACAACAUGUCAUAAAUUACAAAUGCAAUCACAGGGUCAGGUUUCAUCUUGUGAAAAUUUUCUUAAUGCUAUUCUUUUUAUUUUAAUAUAUUUCUUAUGUUUUGGUACUUCCAUUUGUAGAGAUGAGCCAGUUUCCCAGUGGUGGGGAAUAGCA